GGUCUCACUGUCACCCAGGCUGGAUGGAGUGUAGUGGCAGGAUCACAGUCACUCCAGACUAAACCUCCCUGGACUCAGGUGAACCUCUCACUUCAGCCUCUCAAGAAGUAGUUGGAACCAUAGGCCUGUGCCACCACACCUGGGGUAAUUUUUAUACUUUUUUUUGUAGAGGUGGAAUCUUGCUAUGUUGCCCAGGCUGGUCUCCAACUCCUGGACUCAAGUGAUCCUCCUCCCCUGGCCUCCCAAAUUGCUGAGAUUACAAGUGUUAAGAUCCUGGAAUUCCUAGGACAGAAAUGAUUAUAAAGGUUUUAUCAUGUGGUCAGAUCAUGUGACCUGAUUUCUGAGAAAGUAUUUAUUUACCUUAUCUACCUGUGGCCUCCAUUUCCUUGUCAUUCAAUUGAUAAAAACUUUAAUCUGAAUUUUCUAUUAUAUAUGUAUUCUGAAUAUGUAGUUAUAUGUAAUAUAUGUUAUACAUACUCUGAAAUUAUAUUUUCAAAGGUGCUCUUAUUAUCAAAUCUGAUAAUCUUUUUUCCCUCUUCUGUUUUACUUAACCUCUUUCCAUUCUAUUCAUUGGCCUUUCUUCUUUAAGUAUUGAGGAUUCUAGAGACCUAGACAUUUAAAGUCUCUAGAACCUUAAGAUCUCUGGGCCUUGAAUUUACUACCUGUGUACUUCCAAUAGCUUAUAUUUUUGUCUCCUUUCUUGAAUCCUUCUUAGCCCAUCACCAGCCUUAUUCUUCCAAAUCUUAAAUGGCCUUCCUUGUGGGCUGUUUGAGCCACACACAUUUCUUUAAGGCUCAGAAAUAUUCUCUUUGCAUAUCCACCUCCACUCCUCAGUUGUAGGAUUCUUCCCAGCUCAAUUACUGCCUUCCCCCAAGCUUUCAUUCAACUCAUACCUUCUCUUUAUAGCUUGCCUUGCCCACAGUAAUUUAUUUUCCUUUAAAUUCUAAAGCAUUUGACCCUCACUACCUCAUACUGUUAAUUAACUUUGUAUUCAUAUCUCAUCCCCCAUAGAACGCAAGGUCCCUGAGGAUAAGUGGUGUACUUUAGCUUUUUUUUUUUGCUUGGUAGGGGACAAUGAACAUAAUGCUCAACACAUAUUUGUUACCUAAAAAAGGUGUAUUUUUCAUGAUGUCAAUGUAAUCUCGCUUAGGUGAGUAUAUUUAUCUUUUUCUUUUCUCCUUUUGGCUCCUGUUUGUGAGUUUGAUCAUUCUUGUUAUAAAAUUACCACAUGCAACCUUUUGAGAAGGAGUAGAAGAAUUAAAAGAUGGCAAAAGCAGGCCUAUGGGAAAUAGUGGUAAUGCAUAUGUACAAGGUUACUAACUACUACGGGCCACUCUGCUCUGCAUUGCAAGAUUUGUUUCAACAGACUCAAGAAAUUGAAGUUCAGCCAGGUUAAUCUAUCCAAGGUCUCACAAAAAGAAAAUGACUCUGCUGAGUUUCAGAAACCCAUGUCUGCCUGGUUCCAAAGGGCAAGUCAGUUUCAGUGCUGGAUGACUGAGAAUUACAUAAUUUCUUGAAAAAGCACUAGGCACAAUAGUUGGCGUUCAACAAACGCUCACACACACACAUCUGCCCUGGACUUGGGUCUACUUAGGAGGGGAAAAAAAGUUUGCUGAAAUAAUUACACUUCUUUGUAACUCCCAGGCUCAUGUUUGACUACAAUAAUCCGAUGCCCUCCUUCACACUGACGUUAGAAAAAAUGCCUGGCAGUAUUUCAAAUCAUCAUGGCUACUUUCCUCUCGAUCAAAUAACUAAACUUAUACUUUAAAAGGAAAAAAAGAAAUUUAGAAAGUUGCCUUCAGCUGACAAGAGCCUGAAGGAAUCCAGUAAUUUACUCCUGUGAAACUGAAUUUAUUUGAUGCCUAGGUUUCUCCCCCACCCGACGAAGACCAAAUACUUCUGAUCCAUAAGGAACUUUACAAGGUAAACUGAGGGUCCUGGCAGCAUCUAGGCUUCCCUUAAUAAACGUCAAAAUCAAGCGCGCUCGCCUUCCUCUCGCCGCUUUUCCCCCUUAAGGUCCUCCAGAGGCUGCUUCGCUGCGGAAAGUAACACCGCGUCGCCGCCGCGGAAAGUGGGGCAACUUUGCCUAUCAGCAGAAACCUUUUGUAACCAUCUGAGGCGACAAACCAGACCAAACGCCCGCUCAAGCUGUUCUGAGCCUCCCGGGAGCGAGCGAGCUCAAACUUCUCUGCACCGCUUCCUCAUCCGCUCGCCGCACCUGGACGCGGGCGGCGCGCUACCCCCGCCAGUGACGUCACCGCACCUGGCACCAGCCGGGGGGUCGGGGAGAGAGCCCUAACGCGACCGGACGCGGUGGGGCGGGGAGAACGAGGGCGUUCUCGCGAGAUUUGCCUCCUCCCGGACCCAGCUGCCCGCACCUUCCCGGCCUGUGUGGGUCUCCACCGUAGACUUGGAGUUGACUAUAUUGUGGAGUAUGACUAUGAUGCUGUACAUGAUGAUGAAUUAACUAUUCGAGUUGGAGAAAUCAUCAGGAAUGUGAAAAAGCUACAGGAGGAAGGAUGGCUAGAAGGAGAACUAAAUGGGAGAAGAGGGAUGUUCCCUGAUAAUUUUGUUAAGAAGCUUCCUGAGGCCCUCAUCAGGAAGAGAUGCCGGAGCCAUGCUUGCAGAACUGAAAUUAAAAGAGAGACAGAAUUCAAAGAUGACAGUUUGCCCAUCAGACGGGAAAGGCAUGGGAAUGUAGCAAGUCUUGUACAACGAAUAAGCACUUAUGGACUUCCUGCUGGAGGAAUUCAGCCACAUCCACAAACCAAAAACAUUAAGAAGAAGACCAAGAAGCGUCAGUGUAAAGUUCUUUUUGAGUAUAUUCCACAAAAUGAGGAUGAACUGGAGCUGAAAGUGGGAGAUAUUAUUGAUAUUAAUGAAGAGGUAGAAGAAGGCUGGUGGAGUGGAACCCUAAACAACAAGUUGGGAUUGUUUCCCUCAAAUUUUGUGAAAGAAUUAGAGGUAACAGAUGAUGGUGAAACUCAUGAAUCCCAGGAUGAUUCAGAAACUGUUUUGGCUGGGCCUACUUCACCUUUACCUUCCCCAGGAAAUGGGAGUGAAACUACUCCUGGAUCAGUUACACAGACCAAGAAAAUUAAAGGAAUUGGAUUUGGAGACAUUUUUAAAGAAGGCUCUGUGAAACUUCGGACAAGAACAUCGAGUAGUGAAACAGAAGAGAAAAAAACAGAAAAGCCCUUAAUCAUACAGUCACUGGGACCCAAAACUCAGAGUGUGGAGAUAACCAAAACAGACACGGAUGGUAAAAUUAAAGCCAAAGAAUAUUGUAGAACAUUAUUUGCUUAUGAAAGUACUAAUGAAGAUGAACUUACUUUUAAAGAGGGGGAGAUAAUCCAUUUGAUAAGUAAGGAGACUGGAGAAGCUGGCUGGUGGAAGGGUGAACUUAAUGGUAAAGAAGGAGUAUUUCCAGACAAUUUUGCUGUUCAGAUAAGUGAACUGGACAAAGACUUUCCAAAACCUAAGAAACCACCACCUCCUGCUAAGGGUCCAGCUCCAAAGCCUGAACUGAUAGCUACAGAGAAGAAGUAUUUUCCUUUAAAGCCUGAAGAAAAGGAUGAAAAAUCAACACUGGAACAGAAACCUUCUAAACCAGCAGCUCCACUAGUCCCACCCAAGAAACCUACUCCACCAACCAAAGCCAAUAAUUUAUUGAGACCUUCUGGAAUAAUGUACCCAAAGCGACCUGAAAAACCAGUUCCUCCACCACCUCCUAUAGCCAGGAUUAAUGGGGAAUUUUCUACCAUUUCAUCAAAAUAUGAAACUGAGCCUGUAUCAAAACCAAAGCUAGAUUCUGAACAGUUGCCACUUAGACCAAAAUCAGUAGAUCUUGAUUCACUUACAGUAAGGACCUCCAAAGAAACAGAUGUUGUAAAUUUUGAUGACAUAGCUUCCUCAGAAAACUUGCUUCAUCUCACUGCAAAUAGACCAAAGAUGCCUGGAAGAAGGUUGCCGGGCCGCUUCAAUGGUGGACAUUCUCCAAUUCACAGCCCUGAAAAAAUCUUCAAGUUACCAAAAGAAGAAGAUAGUGCCAACCUAAAGCCAUCUGAAUUGAAAAAAGAUACAUGCUACUCUCCAAAGCCAUCUGUGUACCUUUCAACACCUUCCAGUGCUUCUAAAGCAAAUACAACUGCUUUACUGACUCCAUUAGAAAUCAAAGCUAAAGUAGAAACAGAUGAUGAGAAAAAAAAUUUCCUGGAUGAUCUUAGAGCCCAGAUUAUUGAAUUGUUGUGUACUAUAGAAGCACUGAAAAAGGAUCAUGGGAAAGAACUGGAAAAACUGAGAAAAGAUUUGGAAGAAGAAAAGGCAAGGAGAAGUAAUCUAGAGGUAGAAAUAGAGAAGCUGAAAAAAGCUGUCCUGUCUUCUUGAGGUGGUGUGGACCCGGUUUUCAUAAUGUUCCAGGGAUUCAGAAGCAACACUAUGAACUUCAACUGACUUGUUACUUAAAAAUUGUGAAUGCUGGCUUAGUGAUAAAUAUGAGUAUAUGAAGUAUAAUAUCUAUAGAAAAGUAGAGUGAGGGUGAAUUAUAUAUAUAUAUAUAUUUUGUUUUGCCAAUAUGAAGAAAAAGAGGCCUUAUUUCUUACUGUGCUGGGAUUGCAAACAUUUUUUAAAAAAUUGUUUGCUUGAAAAUACUACUGAAUAUGUAUAAAUAAGAAUGUUCACAGUAGUUUUUUUUAAUUGAAACUUGUAUUAUUUUUAAAGAGAUCUAUACUAUAAAUAUGGUGAUAUAUUUACAAGUAAUCUGUAAGAUAUACUAUUUGAGAGGGGCUUUUUAGUAACUAUAGUCACUACUUUUUCCAUAAUGCAUAAGGGAUAUAAAUUUGUGUGUGUGUGUGUGUGUGUGUGUGUGUGUAUUUUUACUUUUAUCCUCUUACCCAAGGUUACAUUGUUGUGCCUAUUUGUCUGCUUUUUAUAUUUUGGGUGAUGAAAUAGGACUUUCCUAGCUAUAUAAGCCAGAUUACUCACCCAUGCAUAUAGUAAGAACUAAUGAAUAAUCAGUAUAAUUUCAUCAGCUUUUAGAAUAUUUUAUGUUGCUUGCACUAUAGGAGUCAUAAAAGGAACUUAGUUAAAACAUGUUGGAUUUUUAAACAUUUGGGGGAAAUAUGAGCUGUAUUUUAAAUUCAUUAGCUCUGAAGAAUCUAAAACUGUUAAUUUAACCCUUAACUUGUGCCUAGAAACUACAGCACAUAUAAAAUAUAUAAACACUAGCCUUAUUGCUAUACUUUUCUGCUUAUUUUACAGUCUCAAAUAUUUCUCAUCAUCUUGUGACUUAGUUCUUCAUGCUCCUCCGUGUGACUUUUAAUAAUGAUAAUAUUAGGAAAAUAAAACCCAAAACUUUUCAGAACUUCAGUGUGAGCUUUCCUAUUUUGACAAGUUAUCUUGUAAAUACUCAGGUUUUAUGAUGUUUCAUUUGCCUAAUAGACCAAACUAACUUGUGGAGAUAUUUUGAACUAUUAUUUAGCUACAAACUUUAUAAAGAAUGUUAGUAUGUCAUAAAAUACAACGUUACAGCUUAUUUAAAACCAAAUAUAGUUGAACAUUUAAAAUACAUUUUCACAGAAUGGAUGAAUUAGUCAUUUCUUCAGAGUUACUUAUGAACAGUUGAAUGCUUUAAAAUGUUCUAUUUGUAGGUAACAUCUAAAAACGCAAGUGGAUUUAUUUAAAUUUUUUAAAUUUGAAAUUUUUUAUUUGUAAAAGAUUAGGCUUUAUGCUUUAUCAUAUAGCAAAUGAGUGUCAGAGUUUUGAGUACCAGUUAUCAUGCUUCCAUUUUUUAGUUUUAAACCACGAAACCAAUAUUUUUCCUUUACAUUUUAAUAUCAUAAUACAGAAAUCUAUGUAAAUGAAAUUUGGUCAUGUUUCAAAUAAAGAGAAAGUAGAAAAUAAUAGAAAUGCCAGUUAAACAACAUAAUGUUUAAUUUACAAUUUAUGUUAGGGCUUUUGGGGAACGCUAAUUAUAUAUUAAGAAUAUACAUUAGAAAUCUUUAAAAUGUUUGGGCUCUUCUAAUGAAGUCACUACUGAGCAAACUUGUUUCCUCUUUUGUUAAAUAGAAUAGGUUUAAAUGACUAGUCAAAUGAAUUAUUUUCUCCAUGUUAAAUUUUCUUUUAAUGACAGACCUUAGGUAAAAAUAAAAACAUUGUAAUUCUAGAAAUUACCCUCCAGCUUUCUCACCUGAAAAUCUAUUGAAGUGAUCCCUGGUUACCCUAAUAAUGGGGUAAAGGAAGGUUCCAACAGAUUUCAGGCUGUUAUUAAAGUUUUUCUUGGUCAUUUUCUCAAAAGUACUUAAAAUCAAGAUGCUCGUGGGCACUGAAAUGCAUUUACAGUUUUUGCUUGUGUACUACUCAGUCAGCAUAGAAAAGUAACUGAAAGGGUCGGGCGCGGUGGCUCACGCCUGUAAUCACAGCACUAUGUGAGGCCGAGGCGGGUGGAUCACGAGGUCAAGAGAUUGAGACCAUCCUGGUCAAAUGGUGAAACCCCGUCUCUACUAAAAAUACAAAAAAUUAGCUGGGCAUGGUGGCGUGUGCCUGUAAUCCCAGCUACUCAGGAGGCUGAGGCAGGAGAAUUGCCUGUUCCCAGGAGGCGGAGGGUGCGGUGAGCCGAGAUCGCGCCGAGCCGAAUUCGUGCCAUUGCCCUCCAGCCUGGGUAACAAGACCAAAAUUCCAUCUCAAAAAAAAAAAAAAAAAAAAGUAACUGAAAGACUCUUAUCUUUCUGUCCUUGAUAAAGUAGUAAAGAGAACCAAACAAACUCAGGCCUGAUGGGAAAAAUGAUUCCUUUAUUCUAGCAUUUACUCCUUGCUGUUGGUAUGGGAAGUUUUAUUAAUUUCUAUUAUUAGAGUUCAUACCACAAAAUGAUAUGUAAGAAUAAUAACCUUUACUUGGGGUAAAUCAUGAAUUUUUUUUCUUACCUGUGAGUAUAAAAGAUGAAAGUUGAACAGCAUGGAAUCUAACAUUGCCAAAUUAUUAAUGAAUGUAUAGUUCAGGUAUUCUUUGAGACACAAUAUCAUUAAUUUCCUAAUUGUAUUUCAGUGUUAUUUUUUGUGUGUGACCACUAAGCUUCUGUCUUAACAUAAAGCUGUUACCUUCUACAGAAUUUAAGUCUGAAGAUGUAAAGAGAGAACAGGCCUUGUGUAAAAGAAGAUACUCUUUUUUUUUUUUAAUCCUCCUUACUGUGAUCACAGAAAUAUAAAAUAAUCCAAGUGCUCUCUAGAUUUGUUGAUAAACAUUUUAUGCUUGCAUCUAAACUUGAACUGUGUGAACAGAAUGAGACAAUCAGUUAAAUCAGAAAUGAAAAGUAUUAUAAUGUAAUGGCCUUGUUUUGCUGUAGCAAUAAAAUGACCAAGUGCAAUGAUUGAUUUAAUAAAAUCAUCUUUUAAAAGUU